AUGACACCGAAAGCAGCACCCACACCAAUCCCGGCUUUCGCGCCUGUCGAGAGGCCACCACUGUCGUCAUUCGGUGGUGUUGUAGUGGACGAUGGGGUUGGAGUGCUCGAGGAACUGGACGAGCUCAAUGGAGCCGAGGUGCUUGUAGACGACGCGAUCGAAGACAUCGAAGAACUCGAGAUGAUGCCCAGGAACACACGAUCGACUUUCUCCUUCCCGAAACUAGCAUCGUCGCCACAGCAAGCGGUUGAGUUGCCACAGCACCAGUACUCAGACGAAUCGGACUCUCUAAAAUAG